AUGUAUACACGAUUUUCUUCCCGUUUACCACGUCUCAGUGCCUCUGUUCGUCAGUUUGCCUCCGCCACCACCAAAGCGCCCGCUUCGAAAAAAAGAAUCUUUGCUCGCCGAUUCUUUGUAUGGUCCGGUGCCACCGCCGCCACGGGCGCUUUAGUUUAUACCCUGUUGCAGGAUAAGGAAUACAUCGAAGACGCUCAAGGUGCGCACGAGCAUGUGUCGGAGUUGGCAUUACAUCCACCACGCGGAGGUGAAAAGAACCUGCCUAUCGUCACCGAUCACCUUGAUCAAUGCAAGGACAACAAGGAACAGAAACCUCGAUUGGUUAUUCUUGGCAGCGGAUGGGGAGCAGUAUCGGUCGUUAAGAGUAUGGACACCGAUAAGUACGACGUUACCCUUAUUAGCGAGAAUAACUAUUUCCUUUUCACUCCGCUGUUACCCAGUGCAACCGUCGGAACCUUGGAAUUGAGAUCCCUGCUUGAACCUAUUCGCAAGAUUGUGAGACGAAUUCGCGGUCAUUAUUUGGAGGGUACCGCCGUCGAUCUUGACAUCAACAACAAACUUGUGCAAGUUUCGGGCAUCAAUGGAGAAGAGUUUUAUGUGCCCUACGAUAAACUGGUCAUUGCUGUGGGCGCUACCUCCAUCACUCACGGUAUCGAAGGCAUCGAGCACACCAUGCGUCUAAAGACCAUUCACGAUGCCAUGGAAAUUCGUCGCAAGGUGACCAGUAACGUAGAAAAGGCAUGCUUGCCCACCACCACUCCCGAAGAACGCAAACGUCUGUUGAGUUUCGUUGUUUGCGGUGGCGGUCCUACUGGUAUUGAAUUUGCCGCCGAAUUGUUUGACUGGAUCAAUGAAGAUUUGGUGAAAUGGUUCCCCAAAUUGAUUCGUGAGGAAGUUGCCAUCUCCAUUAUCCAGUCAAGAGACCAUAUUUUGAACACGUUCGACAGCAGGAUCAGUGAAUAUGCCGAGAAGCGUUUUGAGCGUGAACGUAUCAAUGUAUACACGAAUGCACGUGUUGCCAGAAUCGAAGAGGACAAGGUCGUGUACAAGUUGAAGAACAGCGAUCCCGAUAACCCCACUUAUAACUCGAUUCCUUGCGGUCUCUGCUUAUGGUCUACUGGUAUCGCCAUGACUGAUUUUACUCGUCGACUUACCGAGAAAUUGCCUGUACAAGCUCACAAGCGUGUGUUAAUGACGGAUGCUUUCCUCCAUGUACGCGGUGUGGAAGAUUGUUCCAUUUAUGCUUUGGGUGACUGUGCGUCCAUUGAAAAUCCGAAAUUGCUGGACCACAUUAUGGAUAUCUUUGAAGCCGCCGACGAGAACAAGGAUGGUACAUUGAGUUUGGAAGAAUUCGCCAAAGCGGUCGAUCAUAUGCGUACGCGAUUCCCUUUGACCCAACAACAUCUUGGCAAGUUGAUGCAACUGUUUAAGACUUACGAUGCGGAUAACAGUGGUACUCUUGAUAUUGAUGAAAUGAGAAAGAUGUUGAAAGAUAUCGACAGUAAAAUGACAAACCUGCCUGCGACUGCCCAAGUUGCCAAUCAGCAAGGUACUUACCUCGGCAAAUACCUGUCCCAAAUUGCGGGUCAAGAUGAAAACACAGUGAAGCAUCAGUACGGCCCAUUCCAGUACCGCCACUUGGGUACAUUGGCCUACCUCGGUAAUACAGCGGUCGGCGAGUUUAAUUGGGGAUACAAGAUGAUCGGCGGUCUCUGGGCUAUGUAUCUCUGGCGCAGUGUGUACUGGAGUGAACAAGUCAGCACACGAACGCGUAUGAACUUGAGUCUCGAUUGGACCAAACGUGCCUUGUGGGGCCGUGAUAUUUCCACUGUUUAA